AUGCAUUCAGCUAAUUUGGAGGUCAUCUUUCUCGGAACGGGCACUUCGUCGAGCCUGCCACAUAUAGAAUGCUUGACUGCAGGACCCGACGAUCGUCCGUGCCGGACGUGUCUUUCGACGCUCACUCCAGAAGGGAAGAAGAACAUCAGGAGGAAUACCUCGGCCGCUCUGCGAAUCAAUGGGAAAGAUGGGAAGCAGCGGAUGAUCGUUAUAGAUGUCGGCAAGAACUUCCAGGCUGCCGCUCUCGAAUGGUUUCCGAAGUAUGGCCUGCGAAGAAUAGACGCCGUUCUCAUCACACAUGCACAUGCUGACGCUAUGAAUGGGUUGGAUGACCUACGAGCGUGGACCUUGAACGGAGUGAUACAGCCGCACAUCGAUGUUUACGUUUCAAAGGCUACGUUCACCGAGGUCCAAAGGUCUUUUCCUUACAUGGUGGCGAAGGAGUUCGCAUCUGGCGGCGGAGACGUAAGUGAACCUGUUGUACCGGAGUUCAAGUGGCAUAUCAUCGAAGACAAGGUUCCAUUCGAAAUUGAAGAUACAGGCAUAGAGAUCACUCCUUUUGCCGCGUCGUCACCCACACGUCACUCGCCCGAUCAAAACGCCACACUACUUCCCAAGAUCCAUCCUUACAUUUGUUUUGGAUUCAAGAUAAAUGAUAUCGCAGUAUAUCUCUCCGACGUCUCGCAUAUUCCCGAUGAUUCUUGGGCGCUUUUAGAGGAACCCCUCGUUAACGGUCAGAGCGAUUCUGCUAUACGGCAUCCCUACGCCGUCGUUGUGCUUGACUGUCUGCGACUGCAUCCGCACACAUCACAUCUUGGGAUCAAGGACGCUACCAACAUUGCUCGCCGACUUGGCGCACAACGCACCUAUCUUACUGGUUUUGGCCAUGAAGUCUCUCAUGACGAGUACGUCACAAUUGGAGAGGCCGUGGGAGGUAAAGAAGUACAGAAUGCGAAUUUGUCUUCCGUUGAACGGAGAGGUAUCAGCUUGUUGGACAAGGGGAAGUCGAUAUGGCUUCGCCCUGCGCAUGAUGGAUUGCAGGUGGUUGUGGCAGAUAACAGGAAGGUAAAAGACAGCACCUACGAAUUCUAG